GCGGAGUUUUGUGUCCGGCAAAUCUCUUGGGACCUGGUUGGCUUUUCGGGUUUUCGGCGAAUUCCUUGUGUUUCGGUUGGCUUACUUGUUUGUUUGUGUGAUUUCAGUUAUGGUUCUUCUAAUCUAUGUUUCUCAUCUUUAGCGAUUGUUGAUGCUUUGGUUUGUUGGUUUCUUUAGGGCCUUAGCACGGUGACUACUACCACAAAACACUCCUUUGACAAGCAUGAUGCAGGGGUAAUGACGAUGGCCAGCUUUCGGCUCGUCCGUCAUUAAGUGGUCCAAAUAACUAUUUGUAAUUUUUAUUAUUUUAGUGUUUUGUAUUGCUAGGUCGCUGAUCCUUCGAAAGAAAAAACUUCGAUCGGUGAUUAUCAUGUCGUACCUGCCAGUUUAACGAACUGACGCCAUGCGGAGGUCAAAUUGCUGGGUUGUACUCAAUCAGCCCACCUUCUGCGCUAGCUGCCUCCCAACAUCCACUUAAACAAGCACUGAUCAGAAAUUCAGAAGCAUUCUUCUUCCUUGUUACUCUAUUUUAUUUUCCUAAAUCCGGACGUACGCGCUCAUCUUCAUUUCAUUAAGUACAAGUGUGCGCCGUCAAGCCUAUAAAUAGACGUGCACAGGGCACAGCACUUCACCACCGCAAUCCAACUAGGCGCUAGUUGCAAUCCUCAAGAGCGCAGUAGUGUCUGAUUUCAUAUACACAAGAGAAUCGAGCAUGGGUAAGGUUGCUGCGACUCUGGUCGUCCCUGCGUUGCUCAUGGCAUUGGCUUUCUGCCAAGCUGCUGGCUACUACGAGCCUCCUAGCCCCGGUAAGUGCGGGCUCACCGUCGGGUACUACCACGAAAGCUGCCCGCACGCCGAGGACAUUGUCAAGGGCGUCGUCGCAGAAGCUGUCCGCCGGAACCCCGGCAUCGGCGCCGGCCUCAUCCGUAUGCUCUUCCACGACUGCUUCGUCGAGGGCUGCGACGCGUCCGUCCUGCUGGACCCGACGCCGGCCAACCCGCAGCCGGAGAAGCUGAGCCCGCCCAACUUCCCGAGCCUCCGCGGCUUCGAGGUGAUCGACGCGGCAAAGGACAUCCUCGAGAAGGCCUGCCCGGGCGUCGUCUCCUGCGCCGACAUCGUCGCCUUCGCCGCGCGCGACGCCUCCUUCUUCCUAAGCAAGCGCGGGCGCGGCGUGGCGUUCCAAAUGCCGGCGGGCCGCCUGGACGGCCGCGUCUCCAUUGCCUCGCGCGCGCUCGACCUCCUCCCGCCGCCCACCUUCGGCCUCGCGCAGCUCGUGGACAACUUCGCAGCCAAGGGGCUCAGCGCCGAGGACAUGGUGGUGCUCUCGGGGUCACACACCGUGGGCCGCUCCCACUGCUCGUCCUUCGUGCCCGACCGCCUCGCCGUGCCCUCUGACAUCGACCCGGCGCUCGGCACGUCGCUGAGGGGCCAGUGCCCGGCGAGCCCGAGCCCGGCUGACGACCCCACAGUGGUGCAGGACGUCGUGACGCCCGGCAAGCUCGACAACCAGUACUACAAGAACGUGCUGGCGCACAAGGUGCUCUUCACCUCCGACGCGGCGCUCCUGGCCUCGGCGGAGACGGCCAAGAUGGUGCUGGACAACGCCAACAUCCCCGGGUGGUGGGAGGACCGCUUCGAGGUUGCCAUGGUGAAGAUGGCCAGCAUCGAGGUCAAGACCGGCCGCGGCGACGGCGAGGUCAGGAGGAACUGCCGGGUUGUCAACUACUAGCUCUAAUCGUCAUCAAUUCUAUCUUAUUCGUGCGUGUGCCGCUCUUGAUUCUGCUUGCUUAAUUCGUUUAAGUGUAUGUAUUUCAUUUCCUUUGUACGCGGUACGGCGACCAUGUACUUGCUUGUACUACUGUAUCAUCAUUUGCAGAUUGGAAUAGCAAUAACAAUGAGUCCGGCUACGGCUUAGUCCAUCUCAAGCCACCAAA